UUGUAAUUUGUAUAUAUGUUUUUGUUUAAAAAAUAUUAAUAUCGAUGGAUCCAAAAGCCUAAUUCAAAAAACCCGAACAGAAAAAAGAAAAUGAGGUUAAAAGUAGAGCACUGAAGGUGAUUUACAUUUGGUAAGUUAGUUUAGGUUUGGAGGGGGGGUCAAAAAUUGAUCAUGUUGUAAGAGAAGAAAGGGUGUCUGUGUUUCUUGCAUUUCUUUCUAAAGGAAGAAGAGAUUAAUUAAGGUGACAAGCCUUCAUUCGUUGGCUUGCUUGUGAAUAAUUAAAACUAGUUUCUCAUCUUCCGUCGAAGAAUAUAUUAUACAUUUCGGAUGCGUCCCCCGAAGUCAAGUAUUAAUAAUGCUGCUGCUGAUAAGAAGGCAGCAGUUGAUGCUGCCGCCUGGAUUUUCAACAUUCUCACUUCCGUUGGUAUCAUCAUCGUCAAUAAAGCUUUAAUGGCCACUUACGGGUUCACUUUUGCAACCACAUUAACCGGGUUGCAUUUUGUGACUACCACCUUGAUGACGGUUGUUCUUAGAUGGCUUGGUUACAUCCAGCCGUCCUUUUUGCCCACUCCUCAACUUGUCAAGUUUGUCCUUUUUGCUAACUUCUCCAUUGUUGGAAUGAAUGUCAGUCUUAUGUGGAACUCUGUCGGAUUCUACCAGAUAGCAAAACUUAGUAUGAUCCCUGUAUCAUGCUUAUUUGAAAUUGCUUUUGAUAAGAUUCGGUAUUCAAGAGACACAAAGCUCAGUAUCUUGCUGGUUCUUCUUGGUGUUGCCGUCUGCACUGUUACUGAUGUUAGUGUUAAUGCCAAAGGUUUUGCUGCUGCUUCUGUUGCAGUAUGGACUACUUCCCUCCAACAAUAUUACGUUCAUUAUCUUCAAAGAAAAUACUCGUUAAGUUCUUUCAAUCUGUUGGGGCAUACUGCUCCUAUCCAGGCUGGAUCUCUUCUGCUAUUGGGCCCAUUUCUGGAUUACUGGUUGACGGACAAGAGAGUAGAUGCCUUCACGUAUGAUCUACCAUGUAUGAUGUUCAUUCUCUUGUCCUGCACGAUUGCAGUAGGGACCAAUCUCAGCCAGUUCAUCUGCAUUGGAAGAUUCACAGCUGUGUCAUUCCAAGUCCUGGGCCAUAUGAAAACAAUACUUGUUUUGAUUCUGGGGUUCAUCUUUUUUGGGAGAGAAGGGCUGAAUCUUCAUGUGGUGAUCGGUAUGAUCAUAGCUAUAGUGGGCAUGAUUUGGUACGGGAAUGCCUCUUCAAAACCUGGUGGCAAAGAACGUCAUGCAUAUAUGCUUCCCAAAACCAAUCAGCAAACUUCAGGUAUGGAUGACAAGGCCUAAGCAUAUUGCAUAGAACGUGAGAUAGUUGAUACGAGAAGUUUCUUUUACAGAGAGAUCUGUCUUUUAUAAGUUAAACUAUUAUCAUAUUAUUGCAAAUCCCUUUUUUACUUCUUUUCUUCCGAUUUGAAGAUAUAUGGGAUGCUUAUAUUAAAAUAGGGCUUAGUUUCUGAAUGUUUUGUUCUUUUCAAAACUCCAAUUUAUUUAUUUCUUUUAACAA